AUGGUUGGCUUCGACUCGGACACGUUCAUAUUUGACAAGGACGGCAAGGACAAGAACCUGAUCUCGCGUCUAACGGGAUCUUCACCUGAGUGCGGGGCGAUAUCACAACAAGAAAUCGUGAAUCAGGUUGUCGAUCCAGGUUCUAGACAGAGCGUCAAUUACGGUGCCCGGUUUGCCGACUACCUUCACAUACGCGUCUAUGGUGUGGCCAUCGUAGGCGUUCUUGUUGCCGAGACACAGCCGUGUCCUUACGAUGCGAAGCCAAAAUUACACGCUAAAGGAAACGCGAACACUCAUCCUGUUCCUAGGAUGGCUUCGAGGCUCAGAGAAUCCCAAUCAAGAUUCGAUGUGGCUUCUGGUCACAAGGCACGGAGCUUGGCUUUCACCGGACAGUGA